AUGAGCAAGGAUUCUGUGGAGUUCAUUCGAAAGCUGGUCGCAUGUCCAGAGUUAACCGAAUCGGAAAUAGACGUUGCGCUUACCGCUGCUGGAGUAGACGAACUUUUGCCGGAUGGAAACAGAAUAUUAGCCCAGUUAGGUUUGGCGGCGACCGGGUUCUUGAUUGAUUCCAGCGUUGCUUUUAUUGCGUUAUCUCGAGAUUUUACAUCGAAACUCAAAUCCCGCGUCAACGGUAUCCAACACCGUGCCGACAUUGCAAAGCGUACUGGCAUUGAUAAGCACUUGAAGUUUGAUUGUCGGCCUGGCGCUCGCUCGUCAGGGGUUCUUGCCAUAGCAACAAGUGCCCUUAUUGGAGCUAUAUACCUCAGAAAAAAAUGUUUCAUGUCCGUGGCCAAGGGUCUUUAUUCCCUGGGUGUCCUGGACGAGAACAUUGACGAGUUUAGCUUGAUGGGAAUAUUCAAAGAUGAGCAAAGUGAUCUGCUGCUUAUGCCUUCCUUGGUGGGGAGUGACCCUGCCCAGACUAGUGAAAUCGAUGUUUGGAGUCAAGAGAUUCCCCCUUUACCGGAUUUUCCGACCAUUCCAGAUCUAGGGGGUUUGUCUAACUUUGAAAGCCUUUACAAUGAGAACGGACUGUUGAAAGAUAUCCUUCCAGAUGGACUUUCUUUCACUAGCCCGCGUUCGCAGUCUCCUUUAACCGAAGACUCAGGUCGACCGGCGUUGGAGAGGCAGGUGCUUGAACUUUGUCAUCCUUUUGCGCAUCAAGAAAUGCACCAUGGAAGACUUGAUGAGGUGGAGAUCCCGCCUAAACAAGCUGAACAGCAUGCUCUUCCUCUCAGAGUACACGAUCAUCUCACGUUUAAUGUUGACUUGUGCCAGCCAGAUGGCUUCUCAGGCCAGCCCGCGAACCAACAAUCCUCAAGUCGGCGUUUCCCUUGCAAGCGGAAAGGCCCUAGGGUACUGGUCGGUGGCUCUCAAUCACUUGUUGCUCUUCGGGCGGCCCUGAAAUACACGAGAGAGAUAGGGGAACAGCGGCACAGCGUCCAAAGCCGAAGAUGGGUAUCACGUGACCUAACAAAUCACGAACGCUUCGAAAUCAUCGGUGAAAUUCAAGACAACGCGGCAUUCCUCCAGAUCUUACGAUGUAAUCAUAUCUUGCAUCUCUACCGACGCACCGGCGUAUCUGUCGGGCGCACUUCGAAUUUUGCUAUAGAGGCAGCGUCACACGAUGAGCUCAAUGGUCGGCCGAGAGCAAGAGGCAACCCGAGGAAGAUUGAAGUGGCUAUAGCAGUUAACAAAAUGAUGAAGAAUAUUUUCCCAGACCUGGAACCUGACUCAGCUAUUUACAAGAACAAGCGCCGAACAAUGUUGGGAUUUCGAAAAUUUGGACAACGUCUACACAUUUUAGCGGACUGCUUUGGGGAUGCUGUUCUAAGCCUACUUCAUUUCGAUCGGUCCGAUGACGUGGCGGGCCCCGUGAUUAUCGAUAAAAUUAUUCUUGCUCCGGCGGAUGAGGCAUUUGAAAGUUUUGUGAAGGUCCUCGAUGAAUCGCAAGGAACUCUUCUUCGGGAGAUUAGUAAGGCUGCGAAGCAAGCUUUCGAGCACAUUCUUUAUGAGGAUACGAGGCGGCAGAAUCUCUUUGCUUUAGAAACGCUGGCACCGGAAGAUAUUCUGAAGUUGCCAAAAGGCUCGCAGGAGCUCAGAAAUCUCUUGCAUUAG